AUGGACGAAAGUUCAACAACAAUAACAUUAUCAAGACGAUCACGUAAACGUUCAAUAUCUUCUCAUCGUCAUUCAAAAACAGAUAAUGAUGGUCGUACAUCAUUAAUAAAAACAAAAAUUCAAAAAAUCGAUGGUCAAUAUAGAGCAUCACCAACAUGUCCAAUUAAUAAUGAAGAAGAACAAACACAAAGUAGUGAUGAUCAAGAUGAACCAUUAAUUGUUGCAACAGUUCCUCCAUUAAUUCAAGAUAGUUCUAAUUAUCGUACACGACAAGAUAUUUACGAUGAUGAAACAGGUGAUGAUCAACAAUCAAAUUCAUCAUCAACAGAUUAUUCACCAAUACAUCAAUCAGAAUCAUCUAUAUCUGUUCAAUUACCUAUUAAAUCUACAAUAAUUACGAUUCAAAAACCAACACAAUUAUUUAAUGAAAAUCCUAAUGAAACUAUUAAUGAAACAUCUCUUAAUAUACCAACAAUGUCAACAAAACGUUCGACUUGUUUAAUUAAUGAAGAAAAUAUUCAAGAAAAAUCUGUUACUAUUGAACAAUCAGUUCACGAACGAACAAAAACAAUUAAAAAAUCAAAUUUGAAUAAUAAAAUGUCGUUAUCAAACAGUUCAAGUGCAAUACCAAUAGAUCAAAACCAAAUAAAUAACUCUACAAUUCAGACAUCAUCUUCAUCACCAUUAUCUACCAUUGAUGAAGCUACUUUAACAACAGAAGAUACUACCAAUAAACCAUCCGCAUCUCUUGAUGUUAAUUUAUCAAAUAAUAAACAAUCUCAAAAUACUAACGAUCAAUCAAAAGUAAAAGUACGAUUAAAAACAAUUCCCCCAUCACCACAAAUAAAAAAGGAUAAUAAACCUAUCACUAAUGUUAAAACGAAUAAAUCCGUCGAACAAAAAUCAAUAAAAAAACCUACAUCUACACAAAAAGAAACAGUGAUUACAACUAAAAAGUCAACACCAACUAUUACACCGAAAAAGCCUAUUAAAACUUCAAAAAAUAUAAUACCAUCAUCAAAUAAUAACAACAGUGAAAAACAACUUGUUCGACCAUCAUCAAUUCCAUCAUUAUCAAAAUUAACAGAGAAGAAAUCGUCAGAUAUUUCGAAUACAACAACAACAACAACAACUAAAUCAUCAACUGAAUCACUUUCAAUAAAACCAUCUCCUGUUAUACUUGGAAAAAUACCAAAAUUAAAUCCAGCUAUUAAACCAAAAUCUACAGACAAAUUAACAUCAUUAAAAAGUCUUACUGAUCAAAAGUCGGAUAUUCCUUCUUCAGGAAAUACAUUAAGUAAUAAUAAAGGUUCAAAUAUAUUAGAAAAAAAUUUGUCUAAUAUUCAACGAUUUUCUCCAAAACGUCGUUCACCACAACGUCCGAAUCGAUCUCAACAAAAUCCUAUCAAUAAUUCAGAUCCAUUGAUAUCAUUAUCACCUAGAGGUGUUGAUGAUAAUAUAGAUAUUAUUCUUGGAAAACAACCAUCAAUAUCGAAUCAACGUUAUUCAUCAUUACAUGAUAAUGAUACACGUACAACUACAAAUUUUUCUCGUAUAAGUUCAAUUGGUCUUGAAAAUACUCAAUCACAAUCACCACUUUCACCUGAUCCUUCAUCCACACUUUAUCCUCCACCAUCACCACCAACUUUACCACCGCCAUCACUUCCAUCUCGAUCUAUACCUUCAACAACAAAAGCAUUGAUUGAUUCUCGUACCAAUCAACCUCAUGUUUUAUCAUCAACUAAUGAACUUUCACAAACACAUAAUCGAAAAAAUUUUUCAACACCACCUGGUGUUCCUAUUUCACGCCCAAAUUCUUCAUCAAAUCUAAUAAGUACACAAUCAAUAUCUUCAGUACCUUCAAUGUCUAAUGAUUUUCAAGAUCCUUGGACAACUAAUAAAUCGAAUAAUCUUUGGGAUUCAGCAUCAUCGGAUGAAGAACUAGAAGAUGAUUCAAAUGCUCGAAGAUUUUUUCAUCAAAAUAUGCGAGCUGUUGAUGAAGAAUUAUCAAAAAUUGACGAACCACAUACAACGACAUCACCUCUUCUGACUGAUAGUCGAACUGAACAAUUAUUAAAACGUCAGAAAAAAGCUUCAUUAGGUCUCACUUCAAAUGAUGGAACAUAUGAAAGAAAUAUUAUAGAACCAUCAGCAUCUGUAGAUGAUUUUGAAUGUGUAGCAAUGGAUCUUGAUAGUCCAAAACAUCGAACACAAUCGGAAAGCAGUGAUCAAAAUCAAACAAUUGUAGAACCUAGUAACAGUAAAAAUACCAAUAAUGGAGCAGGUUAG